AUGGAGCAGAAUCCUACUGAUAUAGACCCGAAGCCUUCUCAAGCAGUAGCUCCAGCUGGUUCUAGAUCAAAUGAUACUGGUUGGGCUCGUCCUAAGAGAACUGGGAAUGGAAAAGCUAAAGUCUCAGAUACUAGUAACCCUUUAAGGAAUUCUUAUAGUGCUUUGCAAGAGUCUCAAAAGGUCUUUCCAGAACAGGUUGGUAUAGGUGCAUUACUUGAAACUAAAAUCAAGGGGGAUAAAAUUAAAGCUAUUACGAGUUCUACAUUUUAUGAUUGGAAUUAUUACAGUAAUGACUUUCUUGAGGGCCAAAUCUUGUUAAUUUGGAAACCACAUUUGGCUCAUGUUGAUAUCAUUCAGGAUUCUUCUCAAAUGUUACAUUGUCAUGUUCAUAUUCGUAGUAGGAACCUAGACUUUUUUAUAACUACUGUCUAUGGCUCCAACUGUUUAGAAACUCGGAAAGUUCUGUGGAAUAAUCUGUCCCAGGUGCACUUGUUUGGCCAGCCGUGGCUAGUUCUGGGGGACUUCAAUGCAGUGUUUGAUCGUACGGAUCAGUUGGGUGGGAGGCCUAUAUCAAGGAAGGAAAUGGAGGAUGCUCAAGCCUGGUUCGCUCUCGGAUUGGUUGAAGAAAAGAAGGUUAUGGGACCUGUUUUUACUUGGUCUAACAACCAAGAGGAUGGGCAUCGCAUUUACUCUAAACUAGAUAGAAUUUUCUGUAAUGAGCCUUGGAUGAAUAAAUUUCCCUCAACUACAGCUUUUUCCCAAAGGGAGGUGAUCUCUGAUCAUAGCUCUUUACUUAUCAAACCAGUGGAAAUCAGAAAAUUGGGGAUUCAGCCUUUUCGUUAUUUUAACAUGUGGGCUUCUCAUCAUCGAUUCCGAGAGAUUGUGUUAGAAAGCUGGUCUAAGCCUAUCUGUUCUAGGGGUGAUAGUUUGUCGAGAUUGGCUCAGAAAUUAACUAGGCUUAAGCAUGUGCUAAAGAGAUUCAAUUGGAGGAUUGUGGGGGAUGUUGGUUGCCAAUUUGAGCAUAGUAAAUCUCUGUUCCAGCAAGUUCAGAAUGCUUUGUACGCUGAUCCUAACAAUGAUUCUUUGAUCUUGGCUGAAAGAGAGGCUUUGAAGAAAAGGAAAUCAGCUAAUCGCAUAGUCUCUUAUUUAUCAGAUGAUGGGACUAUUGUUGAUGAUUAUGAUAAGCUGGACCUAAUUAAGCCGUUUACUGCUCAUGAUGUUAAAUUGGCUCUCUCUAGCAUUCAUCCUGUUAAAAGUCCAGGUCCGGAUGGGUACGGGGCUGGUUUUUUCAAGGUUCUGUGGAAAGAAAUAAGCAGGGAGGUGGACCAGCCUGCUACUGCUACUGAUUUUAGGCCAAUUGCUUGCUACACUACCAUUUAUAAAUGCAUAUCUAAGAUGCUUUGCACUCGGCUUGCGACUAUCCUUCCUUCGUUGAUCAAGUCUAAUCAAGGUGCCUUCAUAAAGCAUAGAUCCCUUGCCUAUAAUGUACUCAUAUUUCAAGAUUUGAUAAAGGGUUAUAAUAGGAAAAAUAGCUCACCUAGAUGUGCCAUGAAGAUUGAUCUUAGCAAAGCCUAUGAUUCAAUUGAUUGGGACUUCUUGGAGAAUUUGCUAAAAGAUCUUUGCUUUCCUAGUAAAUUUAUCCGUUGGAUCAUGAUUUGCUUGAGAGGCACCUCCUACGCGUUACUGUUAAAUGGUAGAAUCCAAGGUCACUUUCAGGGAUGUAAAGGUCUUAGGCAAGGGGAUCCUAUUUUUCCUCUACUUUUUGUCAUUGUGAUGGAUUAUCUUACUCGUUUGUUCAUCAAAGCUUCCAAGGAUAAAGGUUUCAGAUUUUAUCCUAUGUGCAAAUCUCUCAAUCUGGUUAAUCUUUACUUUGCGGAUGAUUUACCUAUUUUUUGUAAGGCUAAUCCUCAAUCUGUCCAGAUUUUGCAUUCAGCUCUUAUUGAGUUUUCCUUGUCUUCGGGUCUUUCUAUUAACUUUAGUAAAUCCUGA